AAGACUCUCUUCGUUAAGGGUCAUGCUUCUGUGAUUAGCGUGGGGAUGGUAGAGGUAGUGGCGUAAAACUGAAUUAGCAUUGUCCACAAGUUGAAGCACCAUCACCUCGCGCAUCUCGUGACACAAGAGCAAAAACAUGCCUGAAAGCGUUUCGCUACCCUCACUGGUGCCGUCAGGCACAGCUACUUCGAGUAGAUUGGCUCGCAGGCUCAAGAACGAGCUGUAUAGCGGAACAGCAACGGUAAGGCAGUUUGCAUAUCUGAUAUCAUCGCAUUUUUUGUGAGCAAUCCUCUUGCAGUUUUCUUCGUCGAUCAAGGCACCUCUAUGCCACUCAAGAAUAAUUGCGAAGUUGCCCAUCUCCUAUGCCAUCUUGUGGUGGCAGGAGCAAAAACAAGAAUGUUCUCCCACCCCCAGCAACUCUUCACAACACAGCGCAGCGCAACGUGCACAGUACCGCAACUCGUGAUUCCGGAAAUUGCGUCAGAGGACCCUAUGUCGGCUCUCAGGAUCCAAAGGGUAAGCGAUCAACUCGCAGCUGAAGAGAGGAAACUUCGAAAAAUCAACAGAAAUAGCGUUGGGAUGGGAAGGAGAGCGGUAAGGUUCUUUUUACGACUGGUCGUGAUGCCAAGGUUUUUAUGGAGGUAGACACUGAUUUCUAACACUUUUUUUUGAAGUCUGACUUUUUUCCUACCUAAACCCCCUAAUGGAACAACACCUUGUGAUCCAUCAUCAGAUAAGCGUGGACGUGCUUGCAAAUGCAGUCGGGAAUACCACGGAGAUGCUUCCGAAACAGCAGACAGUUUUUGGUAUCCUAUUUUUUCUCUAGUUGUCGCACUUCGGCGGGCUUCUUGUGCGUGGCUUGGUUCGCAUUUGACAAACAGCAAAACUAUCUUCACUUUCAUCUCUUCAGCGUAAGGACUGCCCAAUUAUUGACUGAGUACUUUCACCACUGCCUCUUUCACCACUAACAGUACCACAUGUAAACAAAAAACACCAGGCGGCAAGCCUUUCAUCUGCCGAGAAUUAAAGCAGAAUGAGAUACCGACUAUGGCAGGGGACGCGCUUUUUACUUCCACGAGUAGGGCGGACUACUUUUGGAAAACGAAGAAAGCCAGAAGUCGCGACAAGAAGCACAAGAGGCCAUACGACGACUUCUACAAAUUUCGAGAUUCAUUCUUGAUGCAAAAAAGCUGUCUCAGGUCGUGAGACGACGACAACUGUGACAGCUGUUUGAUACAAAAGAAGACAUUUACAGCAUAGUGUAGCAAAGUUUGAGCAACAAGUGCAAGUUGCUAUAUUUGAAAAUCUAAUAUGGAUUUUUUGAAUGCUCAAGGAUGUUGUUGAGGCUGUGAUAUCGUAAUUACUUGUAGAAAAGGUUUGAUUGCAAUUUCCAGCGGAUUAGUUGUCUCUCAG